AUGCCUGUCGAGACUUCUUCAAUGGCAAGCGAAGAUGACUGCUCUCCGGAACACGAAGGAAACAACCACUGCAUCGAGAAGGGAGUGAAGAAACCGCCGGAGCUAUCAUGCUAUCAUAUAGUAAAUGAAGGAUUCCAUGAGAAAGACAGAUCACCCCCUUCUGGUGAUAUCAAAUUCUUAGGUGUAAAAUAUAACACAGAAACUGAUGAGUGGCUGGAACUAGAGCUAUCUACUUGGAAUUUACGCUCUGUUGAUACUUUGAAUAGAAAAGAAAUUUUGGGAAAAAUGGGAGCAUUUGAAAAUCCCCAUGUUGAAGAGUCUGAGAGCAAUAAUGAUAAUGUGAACUCAAUAAACGAUCCCACAUUUGAGCCAGAGUUGAUACGGACAGUUGCUCAAGCUUACGAAGCGCUUGCAUCUUCAGAAAACAUUACAACUUCUGUUCUGGAAGAAGUUCUGGGAGAAAUGGAACACGGAAUAUCUAAUUAUUUUACGAGACAGCACAGAUGUCAAUUGAAUCAGAAACGUCAUGAUACAUUGCAUGUGAAGAAACAUGCGGCGGUAUUGUCUGCGAAUGUCUUCUCCCAAUGCCAGCAUGCUCGUUCUUGCGUCUGGCACAAGUACCAAAAAGUAGAAAUAAGGUUAGAAGAAGGAAAUAUCAACGCCUAUACUCACCAACAUGAAACCACUAUUGCUCUUGAGUCAAGCCUUAUGUUCAACAGCGCGCAUUACAUCACAGAACAAUCUUGUGAUAUAACAUUUGAAGAAAUAAAAGGCUGCUAUAAUUGUCUUGAAGGAGCACAAAUUAAACUCUCGUGCAUAACUCGCAUUAAUGCCUGGCCAACUGUCCAGUGCGAAUCUCAAGUGUUCUCCAUCGAAUGUGGACCAUCGAACAAAACUAAUGUAGUAUAUCUGGAGUUUAGUAACGCUCUGAUACAGCAAAAGUGUCAGACUUCUUGCAAUGGGCAUGAGAUUACAUUUGAUCUACAUGGAACACUUGUGUACCAUCCCAGAAGAAAGCGAAGUCAGGUUUAUUCCGAAGAAAACAGCGAAGAAAGCGCAAGCGAGUACUUUGGAAGAUAUGAUCUACCUGAUUUUCAACAACUCUUGAAAGUUCUUAAAGAACACUGGAAGUUGGCUCUUGGAGCGCUAGGUUUACCGCAUAACACGUUUUUGUUCAACAUCCGUGGCCUGCAAGGAUUUGCUAAUCGUCCCAGCCCACCAAACUGCAAGCUCUACCUCCACUCGUCAACUCAAGGAGAAUUCUGGAUUCGACAUUCUCCGGGAUAA